AUGGCAGAAAUUGCUGCUUCUGAUGGAAAGGCCUUUUGCAUCUCGCAUGUCCAUGUUGGUUCAGAUACUGCUGCAAUCCGCGAAGCAGUAGUUAAAAUUAUGGAGCAGAAGGUAAUUAGCAGCUUCUUACGGGGAUGGCAAUUAUGGUUUUCAGCACGGAUGAAACUGCAAACAAGGCAUUGGUCUGUGCUGGGGUACCAGAGAAAGGUGAUAAGGGAAGCUUUGAAACCUGUGAAAGGGAAGGGUGGAGGAGGAAAAGGCGGUCUUGCUCAGGGCCAGGGAACUGAUAUAUCACAUGUGGAGGAGGCGAUGGACGUGGCAACAUUAUUUGCAGCAAUGCAAUGAAAUUGAGGUGACAAAGAGGACCCUGGUGUGACCCGGCAAAAGCUAUAAAAGUUGUUAUAUCGUAGUCUCUCUCUCUCUCUCUCUCUCUCUUGCCGCUCUGAACAUAAAAGUGUAUGCUAUAUCACUUCGGAAAUCGUGGCCGCCUGCCCCCACAGAGUUGGUGCCUGGUGGACUUUGAUUAAGC